AUGGCCCUGAUCAAUUCAAAUAAACCAGAUAGUGAUGGGAACUUAACUGGAACUAUCGUACGUCAUUUAGAUUCACCUUCUCAAUCUUCUGUGUCUAGCGAAGAACUCCUCAUUUGGUCUAAAGAAGGGAACGAUUAUGACUGGGAAUUAUUUCCUAUUUCACCGCCACUUAAUGAAGAAUUAUCGCGUAUACAAGGUUUAUCAAAUGUCGAAUGUGACAGUAGUUUUACUCCAGUUACGAACAACAAUUUAAAUGAUGUUAAUAAUGGUAGCAAAACUAUUACGAUCACUGAAAGUAACUUUAGCAAUAGUAACAGUAGUAAUGAUACAACAAUCUACUCAUACAAUCAUCAUAAUUCUGUUACUGGCCAAUUGUCUGCAUCACCUUUAACGUUACAAUCUUGUUCACAUUAUAUGAAUGGUUCAUCAAUUCAACCCCAACUAAUACAUUCUACUAAAACUAAUAUAAUAGAAACAACAAUUAAUGAAUUGAUUCCUUCAUCAUCUUUUUCAAGAACAUUGUCAUCAUCGAAAACAGUAACUAAUAGUUCCUUUUCAUCUAAUAAUUUAUAUGACCAAAUAAAUGUGAAUACGUUAGCAGAUGAUUUUAUUGAUUUAGACAUUAAAACUAUUCCUACUACUUCAGGUUGUUCAUUGACAACUUCCUAUCAUCCAGAUUUUGAUUAUGCAGGUUUUCCAGAGUCACCUAUUCAAUCUUUGCAAAAUUCAGCUUCUAAUAAAAAAUCACAACCUUUAAACUUAUCUAUUUCUAACAGUGGUAUAAAUGUACAAAAAUCAAGUGUUGUAUCUCAAUCACCAGAAACAGAAAUUAUUCGGCAAACAUCAUUAAAUCCACACUUUCGUCAAAUGUUGUCAUCUGUCAACGAAGUACCUACCACAAAAGUUUUUGUUGGCUACAAUAACGGUGUUGGUAACAAUAAUGAUGAUUCAUCCACAAUUUAUACAGAUUAUAGAUGUAAUCAAAAUGGUUAUAAUAAUAAAAAAAAUAACAAAUCAUUCCACUGUCAGUCGUCUGAACUCAUAGAUCAUAUUAUCAUCAGACAAUGA